AUGUUUAUUAAAGUGAAUACAAUAGUUAUGUACGAUGGACAAGAAAUUCAAAUAAAUUUACCUAAUAAUCCAUCAUUAGAUAUAAUAUAUAAAUGUUUACAUGAACAAAUGGCAAGAACAUUUGAUUUUCGUACAUAUAUCAUUCAAUUAUUUGAUUCAGCUAUAGGAGAAUUUUUUGAUUUAAAUGAUGAUGGUUUAAAAUCGUGGUUUUGUCUUCCAUUAAAAGAAAAAAAUUAA